AUGGCCUCAACACCAGUGCAAAAUGUACAGAACAUGCCAUUGCAGCCAGCCGGAACACCGACAUCGCCUAUACGUGUAGACGCACCACCGUCACCGUCACCGCCCGAGAACAAGACAUCCAAAGUAAUCCUUCCUCACGCAGCCGCCUGGAAAGCUGCGUAUGAGUCUAUGUACACGCUGCUUAACGAAACAGAUCCUACGAAACAGAAUAAUCUUACACAGAAAUGGAUAAGAAAUAUGCAGCAACAUUUGAACAUCACGAUCAUCACGGGGUCUGUUGUCAGCGCUGCCAUCUCCAGUGCAUUCAGUUGGUCCUACUUUGGGCCAGGUGAAGCCGAAUCGAUUUGCCUGCAGCUUGUCAAAUUCAUUUGGUGCAGCGCACUUGUUUUCUCCAUCACGUCUACAGCAUCAGCCUGUCAACAAGCCACUAGCCUACAUCGGCUAGAGUCUCACCCUAACGGCCUUGAGUUAAUUCGACGUCUGUUAAGAGGACCUGCCCUUCACCAAUUAUCAACAAGCACGCCUUUAACAAAUGGAAACGUACGAGUACCAAUCCAUACGAAACGGCCUCGCUUUCUGCAGAGGUUCCUAUGGCAGAUACCUGCUAUGCUACGUAAUGGAAGUCUGUACAUGUUUGUUACUGGCUUGUGCAUACUUGUAUACUGGGACUUCUCUCAGUCUAUUAAUUCUCCGUCGCACCCUAUAACCGUAGGCUGUGGGUAUUACUUUCUUUACCCUAAUAGUUGGAUGUGCAAUCUUAUGCUGGGGAAUAAGUACAGUUGGGUUAUAUUAUUGGAUUGUAAUUAA